AUGGGUGACCGAAACAAUCCCAUAAAGUUUGGUCCCGAAUGGCUACGCAACCUCUCCAGAGAGCGUAGCGCUCGAUCUAACAACAACCAUAACGUGAAUCCUAGUUCAGGCACUUCACAAAUGGCUGGCUCUCCCGGAGGACCGGUGGGAGCCACAUCAGCUAAUGCUCUAUCUUCUGCAGCCUCGUCAUCUCCAAAUUCUACAACACCUUCAAAAGUCCUCCUUGCCAAACUUAGGUAUGGUCGGGAGGAAAUGCUAGCUCUAUAUGAUAGAAAUGCAGAGGCACCACCAGAGUUGAAGGGUAUUGAAACCUUGUACCAACCGCGUGGGAAACAACCGGCAGCACUUAACAACACAUUUGAAGAUGAUGUCGUGAGUAACAAGAACUUGCACAAAAGGGAUAACAUGCGGAGUGCUCCUCCCAUUGGGCAUCCAUCCCUAUCUGGAGACAGAUUUUUAAUUGGACGUGGUCGAGGUCUGAUGAGUGACGGACGCGGCAGGCCCCGCGGUUCGUACAUACGUCAUCCAUCUUUGGGAAGGGGAGGAGGUAUGUGGCAUCUCAAUCCGAGGAUGCCUCUCUUUAAUGUCGGCGUGGAUGAAGACGUUGGUCCCAGUACUCGUCCCUGGGUUAAUAACAGCCUUAACGUCAGCAACAGAAAUAGUGGCGAUCAAACAACGGACUGGAGUCCUAAAGUAUACAGGAACAAAAGGCCAGGCAAUAACACCAAUUGGCGACAGACGCAAUCAACCAGCCGAGAUGACGGAGAAGAAUGGCGGUCCCCGGAGCCGGGUAGAUCUCGCCAACUUGAGAAAUGGGAUAGGGACUGGGGUGACAGACCCUCCAACGACAAAUCUCAGCCUUGGAACAAUAGGCGCACGUGGGUCGCUGGAGAUUCCCAAAAUAAUGAAGAAAAUUUGCCAGAAUGGGCCGUUGAGAAUGCGGAGUGUGGAGGUACGUUUGAUGCAUCGGGAGCCUUCCAUGGUUACAGUAAUGAUGACAGCAACCUGCCUAAACAUCAAGAUUCUCCAUAUCCACUAACCAGGUCUCACACGCACGGUGGUGUAACAAGAUCGAAAAUAUUAGAAGGUUCAGAGGAAUGGUGGGCUUCAGAAAAGGCUAAAAAAUUGUCACCAAAACGUUUCGACGCGAGCGAUCUCAAAUUUAAUAAAAAGGCUGGUACUGGAACAGCCGAUGGUUCUAAUGCCAGUGGAACUAACAAGUCAUAUGCGAAUGAUGACCUCCAGGAGAUACCAGAAAAGUUGGAAGCUGAGCCAGAUGAAGAGGAGGAAGAAGGAGAGGCCAGCAACGCAAGCCAAGGUGAAAACCAAUAUGCAGACGAUAACGCAUUCUCAUCUGAUAAAUUUACAGAGAGCAAAACGUUUGACGCACUCAUGAGGUCUGAUAUUGAUUUAGAAGAAGCAAGUGACGAGCGGGGCAACUUCCAAUCUGUCCUCAUAAAUGCCAACAACAGUCUGCGUCAGAAACAUCAACAUCUUGUGCCCUCUAUGAAGGAAGGCCCAGGAACAAUGCACAACAUGAAAGGAUCAUUACAAUCUAACCAAGACAUGGAUCUCAAGUCUGCUGAAGAAUUGCUUGUGGACAACAUAUUUGGCAUGACACUUGAUGAUAAAGAAAUGCAUUCCACACAAACGUCAAACCCAUUUUCCAAUUCCAGUAUGUCAUCGUCAAUACCACAAAAUCAAAAUAUGCCAAUGGGUAUGUCAAAUACUGCUAUGCCUAAUCAUGGCAUGAGUAUGGACAUGCAUCUGAAUAGCCAGAAUUUACAAUCACCACCAGUGCACCAUGCGGCCGGAAUGCCACCUGUGGUAAUGAAUGCGAGUGGUAUGCAGCCAGGGAUGCCAUCAGGCAUGCAGGGAGGUUUACACAUGGGUGGGAUGCCUGUGGCUAUGCAGAAUGCCGGAUAUCCACCCUUACAAAAUAUGCCAGGAAUGCCCUCAGGCCCCAUGCAAAAUUUGUCGGGAAUGUCCCCAAGUGGUAUGCAGAACAUGCCAGGUAUGCAAGCACCUCGUGUACAAACACCUGCAAUGCAGCCAGUUAUGCAAAACGUGGGCAUAACCAACUCUGCGCUGAAUGCCUCAUUGGGUCUACCCAUUACCCCGAAUAUUGGACAACCUUAUCAAGGCAUGCCACAGCAAGUUAUACAAAAUAAUUCUACUCUGGGGUCACCUGGCAUGGGUGUACUUGGAUCAUCAUCAAUGCAGGGUGGAGGGAACAUGCCUGGGUUCCCAUCCGGCGGUGGCAUGGGCAGUAUUUCUAAUAAUGGAAAUUCAUCUUUAUUCUUGUCACAAAAUUCUAAUAACACAUCGAUGUCUGCAGCGAGUGACAUGCCAAUCUCCAAUCAUUCGAGUCAAAAUAAUAAUAUGAUGAUGAAUUUGGGUAUGCAGGGAUCCCAGAAUCCGUUCGACAAUUCUAUUUAUGCCAACAAUCCAUUGCCCGGUACCAGCUUAAUGGACCAAUGGUAUUAUGAGGAUCCUGAGAGGAACAUUCAGGGUCCAUUUUCUCCUAAAGAUAUGUAUAGCUGGUACAAAGCUGGCUUCUUCAGUCCCAGCCUGAUGGUGCGCCGGGCUUGCGAAACUAUGAUGAGACCAUUGGGUACCUAUGGGCCAGUCGUACCAUUUACUCAGAUGGAUGUGAUGUCACAGUUCCCAAUGUCCAGUGGAUUCGAUAGUCCACAAGGUUCACACGACAAUCUGUUGAACUCGCAGUCACUGGGUCUAGACGUCAUGAAUAUGGGUUCUAUGAAUUUACCCGAUAGCGCUCCCAUGGAUUUGCAAUUUGGAUCUGUGGGACUAUUGGCAAGCCAAAAUUAUGCCCAACCGCAAAUGGUGGAUUCGCUUUGGAGCCAGGGCCCGACCUCAUCUGGUGAUAUGAUGUGGAUGCAACAGCCGCGUAACCGCUCUGAAGCUCGGGUCAACAACCUCCCGAUCUAUUUCUGGCAGCAACAGCCCUCAGCCAUCAAUUCAAAUUCUCUCCUACCGGAGGAGAUUGCGAAGGAGAUGAAGACGGAAGAUCAAAUCCUGGCGCAGCUGCGUGCGACGCAGAACAUGGGCCCGCCGCAGUCGCAGCCGUUCAUGAAUGAGCUGCAGGGCCCCGCCCCGCCCGCCGCCAGCGCCGAAGACUGCUUCACUCCAAACGUCAGUGCGACUCCAAAUCUGGAAGAAUUACACAAGCUCAUUCAGAAAGAUACCUUGACUGGUCAGGCUCCAGUCAACAAUGUGCCCGAACCUGAGAUCAUUGAGCCACAGCCUCCAGUGGCGAAGCCCGUGAAACUGGAGCACAGUGUGAGCGAGUCGAGCGUCAUCAUCGUCAAGCCACUGUCUAACAAGAACGGUGCUGAGCCGAAACAGCAGAAACAGGCUAAGGAAACUGAUAAGACCACAAAGAAUAAGGAGAACAAUAACACAAAGAAUAAGAAUAAGAAAUCUAAGGAAGAAAAGAAAGAUGAACUUGAUAAUAAGGUGAAGGAGGAGGAAGCUGCCAAGGUCGAGAAAAGAUCACAGGAACCAUCGCCGCCCAAGAACAAGAAAGAAGAAAAGACCAAUAAGAAAGACAUUGAAAAGGAGAAGAAGGAGUGGAUCAAAGAAGGCUUUACUAUUGUGAAGGGAGCGGAAAAGGGCUCAAAUAAGGAUAAUAAGAAGAAGGCGGAAGAAGCGCGCGCUGCUGAAGAGGCUGAGCGUAAGAGGAAAGAGGAAGAGAAAUUAGCUUCUGAGGAAGAAAAGAAGAAGAAGCAGUUGGAAACGGCUAAGAAGCAGCAGGAACAGCAGGCACAGCAACAACAGCGCCAGGCGUCUGAGUCGGUUAUAAAGAAGGCACCGUGGUCCUCGGUCACUAGCCAAACCAUGCAAGCUACAAACAAGGACGGACUCACGCUCGCAGAGAUACAGCGACUCGAACGCGAGAAGAAACUGGAACAGAUGAAGGAACAACAGCAAAUGAUGCAGAUCAUUGCGCAACAACAAGCCGCCGCUCUUGCCCGGGAACAGGAAAUGCAGGCCGGACUAGGUUGGGCCAAGAAAAAGGGCAACAACAACACUCAGGGCCCAAGUUUAACAGAAAUUCAGGCGGAGACUCGCAAACAAGCUAUGGCUGCAGCCGUGGCAGCGGCCGCUGCUGCCAAGGUCGUUGAAGAGGCCGAGGCCGCCGCCGCAGCACCACCACAAACUAACCACGCCCCAUGGGCCAAUACGCAUAAUGGAGUGGGUGGAUUCUGGGAUACCCAGCCUAACUCAGGCAAGGACAAGGGCAAUGAUGCUCCGAAGCCGUCCGAGUCCACUGGAGCUAGGUCUAAGAAGAAACCGACUCUUCCCAUACCAUUGAAAAAGGACAUGGCUCCUGCCAUCGAGUUCGAGGCUUGGUGCACUAACGUGCUCUCUUCAUGGAGCUCAAAAAUUGAUGUGCCAACAUUUGUUGGCUUCCUGAAGGAUAUUGAGUCACCUUACGAGGUGAAAGAUUACGUCAAAUGCUACCUGGGCGAGUCGAAGGAAUCCAACGAUUUCGCUCGCCAGUUUCUGGAGAGAAGGUCUAAACUUCUCCGCGUCGGAAUGGUGACGCCAUCUGAUGAUCUGUGCUCCCCUGCCAUCGCAGUGAACCCGCGCACUCCCUCCGGCUCCGAUUACCAGGAGGUAAAGGGCAAAGGGAAGAAAUCUAAGAAGAAUAAGAUGCUGAAGGUCGACGUGCGCAUACUGGGAUUCUCAGUGACUGCUGCCGAAGACCGCAUCAAUGUAGGCGAUAUCGAUACCGUGUGA